GAUGCUUGACUCUCGCAAGAAGCCUUUGAACUCUGUUAUUGAGCUUCAAAUUGAUGACAAUCUUCUUGUCUCUCGUAUCACUGGACGUUUGAUCCACCCCUCAUCUGGCCGCACCUACCACAAGGAGUUCAGCCCUCCCAAGGUUAACAUGAAGGAUGACGUUACUGGUGAACCUCUUAUUCAGCGCUCAGAUGACAAUGCCGAAACUCUCAAGAAGCGUUUGGCUCAGUUCCACUCACAAACUGCUCCUGUUGCCGAAUACUACAAGAAGAAGGGUAUUUGGUACGGUGUUGACGCUGCCCAAUCUCCCAAGGUCGUCUGGGCAUCUCUCAAUGCCAUCUUCGACAGAACCCUUUAGACGACUUGCAUACGCAUGUGUUGGUUUUCGAAAUAAAGAAAAAAAAAAUUUGUGUAUUUUUCCCCCGCCCGCGCGACCGCCAAUAAUAUUCUGUUUGUUACCUUCUUUCGUACUUUUUCCACGCUCACAGAUGGCAUCACAGCUUACUUACCAACAACUGGCCAAGGUUUUUGACCAUGCCAUCUUGAAACCCGAACAAACCAAAGCUGACGUUGUCACAGGCUGCGAAUUGGCCAAAAAAUACGAUGUCAAAUCAGUAUGCGUCAAGCCCUGCGAUGUGAAGCAGGCCGCUGAGCUUCUCGCCGGUUCCGACGUCCUCGUUGGCACUGUCAUCAGUUUCCCUCACGGUAAUUCUCCCACCAGCGCUAAGGUCGCCGAGUCCCUGCAAGCUAUCGAGGAUGGUGCUAUUGAACUCGAUGUGGUCAUCAACAUUGGCCAUCUCAAGUCUGGUUCUCACGAUGAGGUUGAGCAAGAACUCCGCGAAAUCAUCACCAAAAGCAAAGCUAAGAAUCCCAAGGUCAUCUUCAAAAUCAUUUUCGAAAACGCCUACUUGACCAACGAAGAGAUUGUCGCUGCUUGCAAAAUCUCUGAACGCGCUGGUGCCGAGUUUGUAAAGACCUCUACCGGGUUCGCAAAGUCCGGACAUACCAUCGAGGACUUGAAGUUGAUGCGUGCAAACGUAUCUGACCACAUUGAAGUGAAGGCUUCCGGCGGUAUCAAGACUCUGGAUCAAGUUAUUGCCAUCUUGAAUACUGGUGCCACCCGUUGUGGAUCAUCAUCUACUGAUCAAAUCUUGGAUGAGUUCAAGCAAUCCAAGGGUUUAUAAAAACAUCGCAGCUUAGAGUUAUAUAACCCUUUCUCCUUAGUUUGAAAGCAUAAUAUAUUUCAUUUCUAAACAUCCUGUCCUUCAAACAGUUUACAUACUAUGACAUUUUUUCUUUUUUGGCUUAUAUGCUAUUUUCGCCAUGAUAGUGGGAUACGGUUGGGUGUACUUGGUCGCGAGGGAGUGGACGCACCAGACAUUUCUGUGUUCCCAAAGUCUUCCACGGGUUGAUCUUGGAAAGCUGUCGUCUGUUCAUCAGCGUUUUCGUGAC